GCCUCGUCAUUACCGAAGAGCAAUGAAAAGGAAAAUGGCAGCUGAAUAGCUUUUAUAGAUGAUAGAUAGAUAGAUUGCGCGCGAAUCAGUUGUUCAUUCCAAAUCCAAACUUCUCCAUUUUCCAUUCUCACAUUCUCACAUUCUCAGUUGUUGACCCCGAGUAUUGCUAACUCUAGGCGAUGGCAGUUACGUUUAGCCAUCGCCGUUGGUAUCCGGCGCCGCUUCCUUCAAACCCUAGCAUGUGUUCACCAUUUCUUGGCAACACCUCAUUCAGUUAUGGAAAAUUUCAAUUUAAAAGGAGUUUCUGCUAUUCAAUCAUAUCAUAUAGAAGGGCCCCAACUCAGGCACUCUUUUGGUGGCCUAAGAAGGCUGAGCAACCUGAAUUAGAUCUCUCACUUGGACAUUUCCAAUUGACAGGGUCAGGCUCAGGCUCAGAGGGAGCUCCUGAAAAUUUGAAGAAACCCGAAAUAUCGGUUUCAGUGGUUACAUCAAUCUCCGAAGUUUCUGCUAAGGAUUGGGAUGCCUGUAAUCUAGACUCCACUGGUCCUGAAAGGUUCAACCCCUUCCUUAGCCAUGGUUUUCUUUCUAGCUUAGAGGAGUCAGGCAGUGCAGUAAAGGAAACAGGAUGGAUGCCAGUACACAUUAUUGCCCAAGAUGAGUGUCAAAAUAUUGUAGGUGUUGUUCCACUCUAUCUGAAAAGCCAUUCAUAUGGUGAAUAUGUUUUUGAUCAUUCUUGGGCAGAUGCAUACUACAGUUAUGGUGCCAGAUAUUAUCCAAAACUUCAAUGCUGUGUCCCCUUCACUCCAGUAACUGGUCAAAGAAUCCUACUGCGAGACACUUUAUAUAAGGAUCAAGUAUUUGACAUUUUAGUCUCAUCAAUGAUGGCUCUGACAGCAAAGUUGCAGGCUUCCUCAUUACAUGUUACCUUUCCAUCUGAAGGUGAAUCGCAAAAAAUGAAGGAUAAAGGUUUUCUGCAGAGGAUAGGGAUGCAAUACCACUGGGAAAACCGAAACUAUAAGAAUUUUGAUGAGUUUUUGAUGGAUAUGAAGCAAAGCAAGAGAAAGAAUAUUCGCCAAGAGCGCAAGAAGAUUCCUGUUCAGAAUUUGACCAUGAAACGCCUAAGAGGAGAUGAGAUAAAGGCUAAGCACUGGGAUACAUUUUAUGAAUUCUACAGGAACACCACUGAUAACAAGUGGGGCAGAGCAUAUCUGACAAGAGACUUUUUCGAGAAGAUGGGUUCAAAAUUGGGAGAUAAUGUACUACUUGUGAUUGCUGAAGAAGGAGACGAUGGGAGGAUUGUGGCUGGAGCAUUGAAUAUAAUUGGAGGAGAUACUCUAUAUGGGCGUCUAUGGGGAUGUGUUCCUGAUGCAUAUUACCCAAGUUUGCAUUUUGAAGCAUGUUAUUACCAGGCAAUAGAAGCAGCAAUAGAACUAAAACUAAAAAAGGUAGAGGCAGGAGCCCAGGGGGAACAUAAAAUUCAGAGGGGUUAUAUGCCAGUCCCAACUUAUAGCAAUCAUUACAUUGUCGAUAAAGAUUUCAGAGCUGUUAUACAAGAUUUCGUUAUUCGAGAAGCAACUCAGGUGAAUCUUGUGAUGAAACUAAUUCAUGAUUCUGGACCCUUAAAGGAUGGUUGUACAUAGCACAGAAGUGUGUGCAAAGGUAUGUAUUAUUUUGAUUUUAGCUGCUUUCAUGUAAAAAUAAAUUAAAAUUUAUAAUAAAGGCAAGCUUUUGCA